GAUGGCGAUCUAAAAGAUAAGAAGGCUAGUAGAACCUACAGAAACGAUGAAGAAGAUGAGGAAGAAAAUUUGUCGAGGUCGUAUCGUAAAACUCGAGGUCGAUACGAGUUGAAGAUUAUUGGUGGAAAAUCGGUCAAAUCAAUAAACUGGCCAUGGAAUGGCGAAUCACAACGUCUACAGAUCCUUCAGGGGAAUGCUGGAGGGAUGUCACAAGACAAAAAGACCCAAGUCCAGAAAAUCCUACAAACCUAUGAUGUAGACAUUUUCACAAUUAUGGAAGCAAACCUUUCGGAUGACAAACUGAAGUACUACCAAUUCCCAGGUUACACCCCGUACAAUCUACCUAAAUACCGGCAAGUUGCAAGUGGAAUUCUGACUGGAGUAAAAGAAGGCCUCACCUCACAUUACGAUCUAAUCAAGAGUAUGGGCUCGACGCAAGACAUCUACGAAAUAAACAGAUUAAAUGUUUGGAAAUGUCAAAACCACUUCAAGAUAUAUACAGUCUAUAAUCCAUCCCAGAAUUGUCCCAACUUUGACUUUCUGAACAUCUCACACAAAACUGUAGUACUAGGCGACUUCAGCGCCCAUUUCACCAGAUGGGGCUAUAAGAAUACAAACAUUGCUGGAAAGGAAAUCGAAGACAUGAAUAACAGCAACCUUCUGGAACAUAUUUACAGAAAUGAGGACCUUGCUACAUAA